AUGCCGAGACUGCAGAGUUUGCCUGAGCUCUCCUCACCGUACCAAACAGCAGCACACAGAACACGGAACCACUCACGCCUGCUCAGCUGCAGAGCUGGACUUGCAGUAUGGUACCCGGAAGAACCCUCCUCUUCUGACGAAGUCCGCCUGGAGACCCUGAUUGGCCACAGAAGGAAAGUUUUUGACAUCAGCUUGGUCAAGUCUUCCCAAGAGGACUUCAACUCAGGAUCCCUGUUGUCAACAGAACUGGAUGAAAUCAUGGCCCUUGAGACUAGAGAUACUUCUGUCAUGUUCCCUCUGAUUUUUAUGUUCCUGCUCCUGCAGUAUUCCAGUUAUGUCUACUCUUUUGACCGCUCUUACUGUGCUGCAAUGACAAAAACCAGUGUAUACAAGGAUGGAGAUGUGGUGGUUGCUGCAUUUUUACCUCUUUUUACUAUUGUCUUAGAUUCCACAAUUGAUGAUCCAAGCAAAGAGAAUUCCUAUAUUCAGUUAAAUUUAAAAACCUACCAGAUUGUUGUGGCAAUGGUUUAUGCCAUUGAGGAGAUUAACAGGAACCCCAAUAUUUUACCCAAUGUAUCUCUGGGAUAUGAUAUAUAUAAUGUCCUUUUCAAUGAAUGGUGGACAUUGGAUACAUGCCUCUCAUGGCUUUCUGGGCUGAAGGAGUAUGUGCCUAAUUAUACAUGUAGUAGAGAGUUGAAGUCUGUUGCAGUACUCACAGGCAUAUCAUGGAUAAUAUCUGCCCAUAUAGGGACACUACUGAAACUCUACAAAUAUCCACAGCUGUCCAUUGGGUCUUUUGAUCCUAACCUGAAUAAUCACGAGCAGUUUCCUGAUCUCUAUCAAAUGGCCUCCAAGGACAUGUCUCUGUCCCAUGGCAUUGUCUCCUUGUUAAAUUAUUUCCACUGGAAUUGGGUAGGAUUGAUCAUGUCAGAAGGACAAAAUGGUGUUCAGAUACUCUCAGAUUUGAGGGCAGAAAUGAACAGAAACAGAAUAUGUGUAGAAUUUGUAGAAAUGAUCCCAGUUAGUGAAGUAUCAUUUUUACCAAACAGCCAAUUGAAUCCUACACAGGUUCUGAAAUCAUCAGCAAAUGUGAUCAUCGCCUAUGGGGACAGUGAUUUUCUGAAAGGCUUCCUGUUUUAUUUAAGACAAACUUUAGUUACAAGGAAAGUCUGGAUCAUGAACUCAGAAUGGGAUGAUAUCAUUCAGUCAAACCAUUUCAUUUUAAAUUCAUUACAUGGGAGUCUCAUCUUCACACAUCACCACAAAGAAAUCUCUGACUUCAGAAAUUUUAUCAAAACAAUUCAUCCUUCCAAAUACCCAGAAGAUUUUUACCUUACAAAGUUGUGGUUUGACAUUUUUAACUGCUCAUUUGCUGCUGCUGAUUGCAAUACACUGGAGAACUGUCUGCCUAAUGCUUCCUUGCAUGAAUCACUGGGGAUCCAUUUUGACUUGGUCAUGAAUAAGUUUGCUUAUAAUAUAUACAAUGCUGUGUAUGCUGUGGCCCACAGCCUUCAUGAGAUGCUUCUUCAUCAAGUAGAAGUAAGACCAAUAAGAAAGGCAGAAGGGCUGAUGUUUUCAGCCUGGCAGCUGCACCCUUUUCUGAAGAACAUGCAGUUUAAAAAUCCUGCUGGAGAACAAGUGUAUUUAGAUGAGAAAAUGAAAUUGAAUGCAGAGUAUGACAUUCUUAACUACUGGAACUUUCCAGAAGGUCUUCAUCUUAAGAUGAAAGUUGGACAAUUUUCCCCAUAUGGUCCACUUGGUCAGCAAUUAUCUUUAUCUGAGGACAUGAUAGAAUGGGCCACUGGAAUUAUAGAGGAGUGGGUGCAAACCCAGUAUACCAGGUCUGCUCUGGGUACAAGUUCAAACUGGAAGGAACCAGUGCCUCUGGCUGGGCAGGGGUACCUGUGUCCCUGGAUCCUGGGGGGUCCAGUUACUCUGGAUGUUGGAGCAAUUGUUGUGGCCUCACCAGUGAUCCUGGGNUGUAUCUUUGCCCCCAAGUGCUACAUCAUUUUGUUAAGACCACAAAGGAACUCAAUUCAGGGUCACAGGGACAAAAUACAUUAUAGUUAUAAGACAUAAUAAAUUUUUAUUAAUUUUUCAAGUUAGUACAUUAUUACAUUUUCAUACAUAUAUUUUGUUCCUAUUCAUUCCCCAACAAGCUGAUAAUAUCCCCAUCCCCUAUCUGUCUCCUCUUGCUCCUUAUCUUAAAACAAUCUU